AUGGCAUCUUCCAUGAGGAGCUUGUUUUCAGAUCACAGCAGAUACGUUGAAUCUUUUCGGAGGUUUCUCGACAACUCCACGGAACACCAGUGCAUGCAGGAAUUCCUGGACAAGAAGCUGCCAGGCAUAAUAGCAAGGAUUGGAGACAAAAAAUCAGAAAUUAAGAUUCUAAGCAUUGGUGGAGGUGCAGGUGAAAUUGAUCUUCAAAUUCUCACCAAAGUGCAGGAUCAAUUCCCAGGAGUUCACAUUAACAAUGAAGUUGUUGAACCAAGUGCUGAACAAAUUGCCAAGUACAAAGAGUUUGUAGCCAAGUCAUCAAACCUUGAGAACAUAAAGUUUGCUUGGCAUAAGGAGACAUCAUCUGAAUAUCAAAAUAGAGUGAUGGAGAAUAGAGAACUUCAGAAGUGGGACUUUAUUCAUAUGAUUCAGAUGCUGUAUUAUGUAAAAGACAUCCCAGCUACCCUGAAGUUCUUCCACAGUCUCUUAUCUACCAAUGCUAAGCUUCUUAUUGUUCUUGUGUCAGGAAUCAGUGCCUGGGACAAGCUAUGGAGAAAGUAUGGAUCCCGCUUACCCCGAGACGAUCUCUGCCAGUACAUCACAUCCACUGAUGUCACUCAGAUGCUAGACAAGUUGGAGAUUAAGUAUGAGUGUUCCCACCUUCUGUCCACCAUGGAUAUAUCUGACUGUUUUAUUGAUGGCAAUGAAAAUGGAGACCUGCUUUGGGAUUUUUUGACAGAAACCUGCAACUUUAGUACCACAGCUCCACCUGAUCUCAAAGCAGAAAUUGUAAAAGAUCUGCAAGAGCCUGAAUUCAGUGUAAAGAAAGAUGGAAAGGUUCUUUUUAAUAACAGUCUGAGUUUCAUAGUGGUUGAGGCAUAA